AUGGCGAGCUGCAAGAUGGGCAACUUUGCUUUUCAAGACUGGGUCAUUUGUCUUACGGCAAUGAUCUCCAUUGUGGGAAUGGGUGAAGUCAUCGCACAAGUUCAACACGGGGCGGGACGACAUAACGGCGAUAUUCCACCUCAAGACCUACCCAUGGGGCUCAUGCUCAAUUACAUGAGCCAGCUCACGUAUUUGUACGGUAUCUGCUUCUGCAAGCUUGCAGUCGGCGCGUCUCUGCUCCGUAUAGCAUCAACCAAGUUCUGGAAACACUUGGUUCUUGGUGUGAUGAUUUUUGUUUUCGCUUAUACCACCGCCGGCUUUGUCACCCUGACUUUCAGGCAGACCCUCCUGGUUCAAUGCACCGACAUUCGCAUACUGUGGGAUUAUUCAACAAAGGCCACAUGCUGGGCACCGAGUACUCUGUUGGCACUGUCCUAUACAAACUUCUCUCUCAAUAUCAUCACCGACUUGAUUUUCGCUAUUUUCAUCCCGGUCCCGAUGCUGUGGAACAUCAAUGUUACGCGCCGCACACGCAUAUCUCUUUUCGGUGUCCUCGGCCUCGGCUGUUUUGCCUGCGCCUGCGCCAUUACACGCAUUACAUACCUAAGCACCUACGGAAAGUACGGCGACUGGCUUUGGGACUCUCAGUAUCUGACCACGUGGAGUGUCCUUGAGAUGAACGUCGGCAUCAUCGCGGCCAGUCUACCGAGUCUACGGCCGCUAUUCAAGAAGUUCCUUGGCAGUUAUUACGCAGGGGGGUCGUUGGGCCGAAGCAAGAAGAAUUGGCAGAGUCUGUCUGGAAGGAACACGGACAAGAGGAGCAGUGCAUACGCGCGGCCGAUGGGUAUUGAGGAAGUGUUCGACGACUCGAGCAGCCAGAAUGCCCUGCACGGGCCGAAUGGGACCCCCAUCUCCAAGGAAUCUUUUGAGUUGGUUUCAUAUGCGCCGAUUCGGGACUCCGUCAGAGUGAGCAGGAAACCGAGUGUGAAGACACAUGUCGAGGCCAAGAGGAGUUUCGAAGACGAUAUCAGAACACCGACGGAUGUACAUUUCAAGGGAAUUACGAAGACCACGAGUACGACGGUAACAUAUCAAAUCCAGCAGGCGAGGUUCGCUUAA